GCUUGCAUCGUUAUGAAGCGUACAUUAGCACUUUAAUAAUUACUGUCGCAUUCAAAUUGUUUUUUAAAUAUUUUUUACCAACAAGCUAUUAUUUCUUAAACCAAUAAACCAAAACUCUAUUGAAUGAAAGAUUAAUUUGUGUAUUUUGUCAGACUUUCGACUUGCGAAAAUUGGAUAAACAAGUUUUGGGAGAUACAAACGAAAUAGAAGAGCUACAGCUAUGAAAUAGUUUUCGUGACGAAUCUUGAAAGUUAUUAAGGUGGCGCUGCCAGCAGCUCGGGCAUAUCGGUUUCAACUCAGGCGGACAUAGCACAUUCAGCGAAAGGUUACGAAUCAGAGGAUGAAAACGCGGGCAGAAAGUGGCAGAAGGCCAACGACGACCGGCCAGCCAGCAAGACCACCAUGUACUCUAAACAGGAGUUCAGAGAGCAGUACUGCAUCAACAACAAACAGCUGGAUCUGCUGGAAUUGGAGAAGUCCAAGAAGGACAGAUUCCUCGGAUGUCUCUCCCAAUACCACAUCGAGAGCCCCUGCUCACGAUCCAACAGAGCAUCGUUCCUAUCCGUGUGUGUCCGUCGUCGGGUACCCUCAGAUGAGAACCUUAACACCGACUAUGCACCGAUACAGCGGUAUCCCAGAAGGUUUGGCCAACCCACCCCGGUACCAGCGGAGCUAUGCGCCUAUGAUGCCGACUUGGAUUGUUCGUACUUCCGGCGCCGUCCACGGUCGGUGUGCAGCCAACCUGACCCCAAACGCUACACUUGGAUGCCAGAGGAUGAAGACUUCACCCGGAUGGAGUGGCCACAAUCGGUAAUAGAAGAUAACGCGGGUUGGCCCCAAAAUUAUAAUGUGGACCAAAUCGCGUCAGUCACUCGUGGUGGAUCCUUGCCGAGGCCACCUUCAAUAAUUCCUUGUCCCGCCCACACGCCGAUACCGCCUCCACCCCCGCCCCCGCCGCUCACAAUUCCCCCGCACAGAACUAAGCAUGUAUCGUUCGCUCGUUCCCACACACUCACGACGUUUGAUGACUCGGUGAUGCCGGCUGCCGUAAGCAACCGAUACCGGAGGGACUGCGAAAGACUAAUAGAUGGAAGAGCUGUUAAGCCUGAACCAAAACCGUACUCGACACUGCCAGUGAUGUUCCAACCAUUCCCGCCAUAUCCCCAGUUCAUAGCACAGGCCGCGCCCGCUCCGAUCCAUUACCCUCCACCGAUAGCACAAAUACCGACACAUCAGCAGCCAGCAACAUUACCGAGGACUGCUCAACAAGAACAAACAAAAGUAGUAGUAUUAGAUUCACUAAAGAAAGGAGUCAUGAGAACACAAGCCACGCAAACUGAAGUAUGCUUAGGGAGGAAGCCACACCCACCAAAUUAUUUAUCGCUCAGCCCUCGUACCAUUAAAAGGGUAAAAAUGGUGGCUGCUGGUGUGCAAACGAAUGGAUACACGAUUGGCCCACGAAGACUAACGAAAUCAUUCUCAGAAGUAGGUGGUGAUAGAUUAACUGGUCGAGACACUCAAAGUGAAAUUCCAUUAACAGUCGAAAGUUUCAUAGGCAACGAUCACGAAAAGUUACAUAGAACCCAAUCAGAAGAGCCACCUAGAUCUCCUCGUUCUCCUACUAGAGCUGAACCCAGUUCACCGCAUCUUCAAAGAGGUGAUUCAGACGAUGUCACUUCGUCAUCAAUGAAAUCUGUGGCUUCGUCACAAAUCGACAAAUCAUCUGAGCUGAGUGCAUUACAGAGGCAAGCUCAGGAAUACUUUCAGCAAAACUUCCAAUUUAUACACGAAAGUGACAGAGACGACACUAUAGAUGACGAUAUAGAAACUUUAGAAAAAAGCAUGUCUUUGAAUAGAAGGAACCUGGAGUAUUUACAGCAGGAGAUCGCUAAGCAGAAUAAAGCUGAAAAAUCUUUGAGAUCGAUUUUGUCUAAAAGCACAAGUGAUGCAUCGCAAAAAACAGCGAAUUCGACGCAUCCAUUUUCAAAGGCAUCAACGUUCCAAUCGGAAUUAUCAACUGAGACAUCAGCAACGACCACAGAUGAUAGCGAAAAAAAUGAAAAGGAGAUCAUUAUAGAUUUCGAGCCGCGACCAGAUGAUGAAGCUAUACCAUUUACAACUCUACGUAGAAAAAAUAAAAGAAUUUUACAAAAGACAAUGUCAGAGGGAGAGAUUCUUUUAGAUGUUAGGAAAUCUGAAAUUCUCACUAGCGGGGAAGGAGCCAAAGAUGCUCCCUUAGUAAUGUCAACAAGUCAGGAAAACAUGACCAGAGAAGAUCGCGAGCGUGAGGCUGUAUAUCGGCAAUACAUAAGUCAGGAUUACAACCAAACUCCCAUCAAAGAUGAGGGCAUCUUCGGUUUUGAACCUGAUGGUUCAUUUAGUUCUUCAGAUGGAAAUGCACCAUAUGAAGAUUUUCACGAAAAAUAUAUUAGUUACAAGCAUGAACCAUUUAGAAACAGGAGUGUGAGUUUUGAAGAUAAGCCUGAAAUCAUUAGUAAGAAGGACGACAUUCUUGAGAACAGCACUGCUAAGUCCAGUCCAGGAUCACCGGAACCUAACACUUUAGGUAAAGACAAUGAUGAAAACUCAAAGAGGACAAUCACUUCAAAUAACUUAACGACGAUCUUAGCGCCUUUAGAAAAAACUUCACCGUGUGCUUCUAAUGAGUCACUUACUGUAGACCCUACUAGAGACCAUUCCGACGGCAUGUGGAACGAAUCACAAACGACUGUUUUACAAGUGGAUUCAGGUACUGAAAAUGGAACUGUUAUAAGCUCCUCAGAUGUCAGUUCACUAGCUGCGUCGCCAGGAGCUCUGGCACUAUUAACUCCUACAUCGAGAAGAAAACAACUUCUAUUAUUGCAACAUCAACAACGAUCUUCUUUAGAUACUGACGUUUUGGACGAAGAGUUUGAUGCUUCACAGAGCCAAUCACCGACAUCGCCAAGAAACAAAUUAGACACAUCAAGUUCGAGUUCCGCCCAAGCUAGAUCAUCAUUAUCGCCUCCUGCAGUUGUACCUAAUGUUUUACCAAUUACAAAACAACCAACCAUUUCCAAAGCGGUGUCACAGAUAGGUUUACCAAAAUUAAAUCAUACACCUGCUAUUGCCAUUACUCAUCCAAGCGUGGAUUUGGCAGAUGUUCCUUUUAAGAGGACUCCCAGUUUCAUUAACAAAAAACGUGAAAGAGCCCUAAGUCCAUCGAGGAGAAGAGAUUUACAAAAAAAGGCACAGCAGAAAGAACCAAAUGGAACUAUUCCCAAUCAAAUCAUCGAGUCUCCAUCUGAACCAUCUCUAAGUAAGCCGGCGAGUAGUGAAACAAGUUUAGCUAGGACAGAUUCGGGUAAGAUAAAUACCACUGAUGUAUCAGAAAGUACAACAACUACUGAAGACUAUGUGACAGCGAACUCUGAUAGCUCAAAGAAAAGUAAUUGUAAGAAUCAAAAUCAAAAUCCCGAAAACAAAGCACAAGAAGGAUCGUCAUUUGAAAGUGCAUCUAGUUUGUAUUCCUCAACUCGUACUGAUAAUAUUGCUGAAGAUUUAAUUUUACCAAGUUAUUCGCCUCCUCUUCGACUCAAUGACGAUUUCAUAGUGCCAGACUUAUCUUCACCUCCAUUACCAGUACCAGAUAGAAUCCCAAGAGCUUCAGUUGAAAGAAUUGAGGUCAAGGCUGAAAUCACUCCAGAAAAAAUAAAGAGAGAAAAGACUGAGAUUAAAAAUAAGGAGAUCCCUCUAAAGGUUUCAAAAGUAACACGUGUUGCGAUGAGCGGGAAAAGCAGCUCCAGUGGGAGUUACAGCAUAGGAGGUUCCAAUCCUAACGUAACCGAAGAAGUACAAGAAGAGACUCCUACAGAAAAGCUAGCAGAUUUACCAGAAAAAGUAGAAAGUAAACCAAAAGAGGAAAAAGUUAAAACACAUAUGACCGAAAAUGAACAACUAGUACCCAAAAUGAUCGGUUCAUUAUCUGAUGAUGAACGAAGCGUCCAUUACUCCUCAUCCGGAUACUAUGAAAGCCCUGUUGAAGAUGAUGAUGAUGGUGGUUUAAACAAAAUUUACGUGGCAGCUUAUAAACAUUCUCAAAAGUACCGGUCCACUAGCAGACCAAAACUAUCGCUAAGUGAAGAAAAGAGACGAAAAAAGAAAGCAUUUACUUUGGAAUUCUCAAAAUCGUAUGAUGAUUCCUUAUCUACCUCUCAAGACGAUUGGGGUAGGAAGACGAAAGACCCCGACAGUAUCAGCCAAAAGUCUGAGCGCUCUGCUCUAAAACCGUCGAACACAAAAUUUCCAUUAGAAGAGAAGGCUUCUGAAAUACGUAAAAAGAAAACUCAUUUCGUAGAAAAACCCAAAAGCGUCCAAUCUUCACCUAGAGAAAUGAUUGAAGUAGAAAAAUCUAUUAAGGAUAAGCUAUCAAAAGAAAAAGAAGAAGCCAAGCGACCACCGGAACGAGAACGUUACGUCAAAAGAACUAAGCUGAAACCAAAAAGUCCUACACAAUCUAAAAGUAUUGACAAUCAUAGUUACCAUAGGCCACAACUUUACGAUCGAAGAGAAGGUAUGGGUUCUAACAUGAAAUUGCAUUUUAACAUUCCUACAUCCGAUGACUCUAGUGAGCAAUAUCGUAAAGAGGGUACGAGUAACGGGAAUAUUUCUCCCAGAAAACAUAGAAGAUUGCGUGAUAGUCCUAGAAGAAAAACAGGUGCUAAUUCUAACAAUGCUAAAUCUCCUACAGCCGCUAACAAUCAUUCAGGAUACAGGCCGAGGAGGAAAAGUGGUUCAAACGAAAGCAUAUCAUUACCCGGUAGUUUGCCUAGAAGAAAACAAUCUAUUCCAACAAUACCGUGCUUGAGUUCUUUAGAAGCAGAAGAUAUUGAAACUGCUCGGACUCUUACCAAUGCAGGAUCUAGAUUGACUCCUUUACGUUACAUAAAAAGUCCGACUACUUCACCACGGCAUCAUCGAAAACAAGAAACUAAGUUUGCAAAAGCCGCAUCAGCCGAGUCCUUGCGUUCCGUAUCCCCGGGAUCCGAUUCCGUCUUCUAUUCUGAGCAAACAGAACAGAGUUUGGCUGGUGCUGAUGGAGAAGCUAAAGCACAUUGUUUGCACUGCGGCAAAGAAGUUCAUAUUGUGACAGCUGCCCACGAACACGACAGUGUGGCUUCAAGGACUUCACACACAGAUGAAUCGUACGCAGAUGCUACUCCAGAUAUAGUACCAGCUCCGGCGGGGUUCGCUGAUUCACCAUCAUGUAUUUCAUCCAAAAAGCACACAAGUGGUGCGAGACUGUACAAGAAACUUGACAAACGAUAUCGGUCUGAGGAUAAAUCGAGGCAUCAUUAUCGCAACAGACAGGAUGUGCGAGCUAAGUCGGAAGAAAGAGGCAAAGAGGAAUAUGCUUAUUCUGAUAAACCUACAGACACACGCAUUGCAAGAUCUGCAGGAAAUAGCUUAGAUAAACUCGGUAGCACCAGCGCAGGCGUUGAUCCUGAUGAGCAAGAAGAAUGCUCUGGAAGCUCUGAGGGUGCAGAAGGCAUUCGAGACGAAAAAGGAAUCUACGCCUCACCCUGGUGGUGUGGCAACUGGAUCCUUCUAUCGGAGAAUGAUGAUCAAUGGACGAGGAUCCCGCCAGACGUUAUAGAAACAUUAGAGACCGGUAAAGACGACCCAACUGACUCCGAGACGGAAUUCAACAAGAGAUAUGUCGCGUUGACACACCGUCUAGUACACAGAAGAGCCUGUAUUGAACUACACCGUCGACAGGCUAACAACACAUUCGAAAGCGAUAAGGCAGUGGUAGUGAAGCGUGGAAACGAAGAAUUCGGUUUCCGGAUUCAUGGGAGUAAGCCUGUCGUUGUAUCGGCCAUUGAACCCGACACUCCUGCCGAAACCUCCGGCCUAGAAGUCGGCGAUAUUGUCAUCGCUGUGAACGGGAUCAACGUUUUGGAUAAAACACAUUCGGAAGUCGUAAAGAUUGCCCAUUCCGGAUCAGAAAUACUCGAACUAGACGUAGCCAGGACUUGUGACGUGGUCGCCUCUUUGGCCCACGAAGGGGGUCCGGCGGCUCUGUACUCCGGGUACUUGUGGCGAGCCGCUCCCUUGCGCCCGCACCAUCCCCCGCGCUGGACCCGCCGCUGGUUCGUCCUGAAGAGGGACAACUGCUUGUAUUAUUAUAAAACGGAUUCGAGUAUACAUCCCGUUGGAGCUCUAAUGCUAGUGAACUAUCAGUUGACUGAAGAAGAUGUAGGUAAGCCUCACGGAUUCCGACUGCAGCGCGGCGGCGGCGUGAGACUGCAACUAGCCGCGGACACUGCCGAAGCGGCGGCUAGAUGGCGCGCAGUGCUGGCACAUGCCAUUGACGCUAGUAAUCAGCGAGACGGUUGGCUAGAGGUAACGAUGAGGAACAUGAAGCUUCCGCCAUCUUCGAUCCCGCGGCCCGACUGUUUCGGAUACCUAAUGAAACUUGGCUCCAAAUGGAAGUCCUGGGCGAAGAGAUAUUGCGUCCUUAAGGAUGCCUGCCUCUACUUUUAUAAUGACGGGAACAGCAAGAGCGCUUUCGGGAUGGCGUGCCUACACGGCUACAGAAUACAGACCUGCGCCCCGGGCGGAAAGAAAUAUGCAUUCGAAGUGAUGCCCACCGAACCUAAGCAAAGGCACUUCUAUUUCCAUACCGAAUCAGAAAUGGAUAGGAAAAGGUGGAUGGCUGCUCUGGAGUAUUCAAUAGACCGAUGGAUGAAAGCCGGUUGACGGAAACAGCUCGUUUUCAACGAAGUUUUUCACUAUUUAUAGUUUUCUUUCGAAUAAAUAAUUUGUCUCCCCUUCACAUUUAUUUCUUAUUUCAUUUUGAUGAUCCAAUUCUAUUUACAAUACGCAAUUAAGUAAUAAUAAAACAAUUUUAUUACGACAUAUUAGAAGCAUAAGUCUCAUUUUUUUAUUAGAUAUCCAAGCUAUUUCUUUAAGGAAUUUAUCCAAAAAAUGAAAAAAAUUGGGAUUCCAAUAAAAAUAAAAUAUAGACAAACAUAUAAAUAGGAUUUAAACCAUAAAAUAUGUGUUACCUUUUUCCUUUGUGGCUGAAAAUGCCAAUUUACAUAUUAUUAGUUGAUUCAUUCAACGCGAUAUUGGUUGUUUGUACUAGGCGGCAUAUUUUUAUGAAUGCAAUUAAUAUUAGCGUAACGUCUGCUUCAAAUUUCCGAUCUAAUUAUUCCAGUGAUGCAUUUUGGUUUUAGUUCCAACGAUUCGCGUUAAAAAUAUAUCAACCCCAUUUUCAGGAAAUAUACUAUUACAGUAUUUGCAGUACAGCGCAUUAAUUAUUUCAACUGAGAUGGUUUUAUGCAGUAUGAGCACGUAGCAGUAAUUUCAAGGUUGCCUAUUUAAAACACAGGACGCUCUCAAGGUCUCAUUGCAGUGAUAUUUUUAGUUAAAUAAAUUGUGAAAGUGUUUCUCUUGAAGUGUUUAUUGUUUUAACAAUUGAAUUACCUCACGGUCCAUCUAGUUUUAAAUGAUCACUCCAGUCCAUAGUCAUCACGAUGUCAAUGCCGUCUCCCACCUUGAGUCGUGAGGUCCAACUCUCCGUUGUAUUGCAAACUGCCCCGCCCUUCAAACAGAAAAUUGUAAAUCUUAUUAUUGUAAAAUAGAAUUGGGUCAUGAUUACCAUAUUCCUUGGUAUUCAUAAGCAUAUCGUGAUUUCUAAAAGCUCUGUGACCUAAGUAAGCUUCCUUAAACUAGUUUAGUUUCCACGAAUUCAUACGGUAUAAAAAAAUUCACGAAAACUAUUUUACAAACUCGUGUGUGUAUUUCUAUUUGUAUUCUGUUUUCAUAGAACAAUUGUUUUCCCGUACCUACCAACUAAGUAAUAUUGUUUUAUUAUAUUAUAUUUACUGUGUAAUAAAACAGAUUAUUAUUGUUAUUAUUAAUAAUGAAGACAAAAUAGUAAAAGUUUUGCCUAAAAUCUUAAAACGUUGUAGAUUCAAUACAUUCAAUCGACACCUCUUCGUGUCUCAAACUUCAAAACCUGCACUAAUUUCCAAAAGGAAGAAUGUGUUUUUUAUUUAUUCUGGCGACUCCGUGUGAACUAUUCUUAAGGUUUAUAACAGGAAUGGAAUUAUUACAUCGCGACAAUCCCGUCCUAAUUUAUACCCAAGUUGUUUGAUAAAACGCUAAGAGAAGAUUUGUUAUUUGAAUAUUUAAUUUUUGUCCAAGAAUUACUAUAUAUUAUAUAAAAGUGUACAUGCUAUUUUUUAAUCAAUAUUAUCAAACGUAAUAAAAAUAAAUUAGGGUCAACAUUUUUAAAGUAGCACUAAUAUUGCAAUUUUUUGUCAUAAAAUGCAUCAGUAACAUAAUCCCACACAUUUAUGUAAUUAUUAGGUUACCAAUCAAUACUUUUGUGGUAAUAUAUAUUUCACCGACUUCAAAUGCAGAAGAGGUGCCCACUUCGGGGCCAGCUGUUAGCUUUCUUCACGUUAUUGGUAUAUAGAGAUUUAUUAAAUUCAAUUUAGAUUUUUAAUAAAUUUUUUCUUUUUUUUUCUCAUGAAGUAAGUAGAACUAAAUUGUGUUAGAGAAUUAUAAAUUUGGGUUAACUGUUUGUUACAAUUAAAAUCCUAUUGAAUACUUUCCGCGUUGUUUACCAAGCGCAUGCGCUCUACAUAAUAAAAAUAAAGACGCUUGCUAUUAUGUAAUGUUUAUGGUUGUUUAUGGUAGCCCUGAAGUAAGUAUCCUCAGUCCUAGAUCUAUGACGUCAUCUCCAGCUCCUGUCCAAACUAUCGACCGAUAGCUCAUUCUGAAAUGAGGAAUAUCCAAGAAAAAAACUAGUGAAAGAAACUAGUGUAGUUGUGAUAAUUAACUAAAUACUCCUUCACGUGCUCUUGAGCGCAAAAAAGUGAUUCUCGAGGAAUGUGACGAAUAGAUUUCUGAAAACUUUUCAAUUUCCGUUUUUUCUAUCGGUACCUUCUAAUCGAACAUUAAUUCUACUAUUCGACUGUUUACUCCCCCAAAGCUGAGCCGAUUAUAUCAGUUUCAAAGAUUACUUAAGGAAUAUUAUUAUUAUUUAUAUUAAAUACAAGCGGCCAGCUCCGGCUCCGCUCGUGUCUUUUACAAAAAUUUCAACGAUAUUUGACGUUGUUUUAUUUUUUUAAAUAAAAUAAUAGUAUAAUAAUAAAAGUAAAUAAUAAUGUGUUCUACAAAGUCGUAGUACAUUAUUUUAUUCUAUCAUCAGGGCACGCGAUGUAAAGAAUAUUUUAGGUAUUUUAUUUACACCUUGGGUUACAUUAUUGGAGUUUUAGUAAGGAUCCCUAAUUUUUUUCAAAAUAGAUUAUAGCCUAUGUCACUCGGGAAUAGUGUAGCUUCCAAACAGUGAAAGAAUUUUUCAAAUCGGUUCAGUAGUUUCGGAGCCUAUUCAAUACAAACAAAUAAACAAAUCUUUCCUCUUUAUAAUAUGAUGAGUAUGAGUAUGAGUAUAUAGAUUAUGCGUUUAUUUGGUUUCCCUCGUUUGUCUAAGCGGCAAACAAUUUUAGCAUAUCUCUGAUUCCCAUAUACAAUAAAUAUAUUAAAUAUAUUGAUACAUAUAUUAUCACUGGAACCAUGUUUAUGCAUAGCGAUGUUUGUUUAUGAAUUUUGCAGAAGUAAAUUAAAUCGUAUGGUUUAAGAAUGUUUACUCAAAUUUUGGUAUUCGGAACGAAACAUACAACACUCAACUCGCAUUUCAUCUUAAUAAAAACCAGUUAUUUGUUAUAUAAAUAUAUAGGGACUAAAUUAUCCUCAAAUGCCAAAGAUCCUGUACUGCAUACGGUGUUAGAAGACACGCUAUAGUUUGUCAAAUGUAGCUUGAAACACGGGACAUAAUUAUAGAUAGAGAGGAUAUACUUUAUUGCACACCAAAAUACAAUUAACAUUUUAAAAAAACAGCCAACAAGCAGAUACAUUUGUACAAUAGGCGGUCUUAUCGGUAAAAGCGAUCUCUUCUAGACACCCGUUUAAUUUACAGAAAUUCUGGAAAAGUUUUUUCUUUUACAAGUUUCUAUUGACAUUUCACAAUUCAAUAAAUUUUUUCGAUCAAUUUCAAAUUCCCCGAACAAAGUAUAACCAAAAAGGUCGCUUGAAAAUAAUCGUAACUAUCAGAUAAUAGACAUUUUGUUUAUUGACUCCAAAAAUAAAAUCAAUAUUGCAUUACAUAUAAUAAUAAUUGUAUCAUAUGGAAAACGACGCAUCGAAAUAAAAGUAAUGAACUCUAAAAUAUUGCCUGUUCAAAGUUAUUUACAGAAAGAAAUGUGCAUGUUUACUGCGUUUAUCAGAUUCGCAAAUUAUAUUAUAAUAUAUGAUAAAUAUUUAUGAGAUCAUGAAUUAUAAGAACUAUGUCAUUUCAUGUUUGUUAUUAUAAAAAUAACAUCUAAUAUUUAUAAAUGCAGAAUAUUAAUGACUGAAAACCAGCAUCCAUAUAUAUAAAUAUCGUUCUAAAAGAUAUUCCUAUUAAAUAAAUAUUAAUUGUAAAAAAUUUAUAUUAAUUAGAUUAGGUCGUACAUCAUAGAAUAUAUUUAUCAAAAAAUCAUUUAUUUUACCAAAGACGCAGAUAUAAAAUAUACAUUUUUGUCUUUAGUAUUUAAUCAAAUAUAAAAUCUGUUGUAUGAAAUAAUUGUAAUUCAUACAUAUUAUAACAUAUCGACGCUUGAAAGGCAAACGUGACUAAGCGACAAUAACUGCUUUGUACAUAAAUGAUAGGCAAUAACCAUAUUCGAUGCGCAAAAAAAAUAAAUAUUUCUAUGUCUAUUAAAAUCAUUUCAAUCCUACAGCUACUAGCUAGAUUCUCCUACAGCUAGAUUCGUUAAAAUAAAUUUUGUUUUCAGGUAUUUCAACUUUAAAUUAGUCUACUGUAAAGUUCACGCAUUGUCGCUUAGUCACGUUUGCCUUUCAAGCGUCGAUAUUAUAAUUCUGAAUGUUUCAAAUUUAUAAUCAGUGUUGUGAAUUUUUUUAAUAAUUUUUGGUAAGUGACUCGUAAAAUUCUUUGUAUUUUUUUAAUUAUUUUAAAUAUAUAAGAAUUAUAUAGAAAACAUUAAUAUUUAGAUAUUUACAUCAUUGUUAGAUCGUGGUCCAUUCUAGGUGAUUUAAAGUGCGCAUUAAAAAUGAUUAUCGUAACUAAAAAAAAUAUAACAUUAGAAAAUGUAAAUAAAAGUUAUGUAAAGCUCAAAUAUAUUUAAAAUAAUAAAAUAAAAGACUUGAUUAAAAAAAAAUACAAGAAAAAUUCAAAACGAAUGCUUUUAGGGUAGCGUCGUAUUUAUAGUUAAUGUUUAAAUAAAUAAAAUUGUUCAGAAGUAUUUUAUUUCAACAAGACUUUAUCGCAAAUUAAAAUGCACGUUAAAAAUAUUAUGCAUAGUUUAUUAUUAAUAGUUUUAUCUGUGUAUCGUAUAGUUAUUGUAAUGUGUUCAGUAAAUAAGGUGUGAACUACAUUCAACCCUCAAAUGCCGAAAACCCGUGCCAAUCCGAUUAUAAAUAAAUUAUGACAAAUUUAUCUAUUCCCGAAAAUAUAGAGAUGUAUUUAUUUAUAGAAUAGAGAAGUGUUAUGAGCAUGAGAAUUAUGAUGGAUACAUUUUUAAAUAUUUACGUGACUGUACCAAUAGAUUUCGUUGUAAUAAAGAGAAUGCAAAUAAAUAAUAA